AUGCUGAAGCGUACCAACAAGAGCGACAGGGGACACCAUAGGACGCGCAACGCACAGAGACAUGACGGCGAACGACCUGCCCAGACGCAAGCUGCGCCCGAAAACGCAAACAGCGCCGCCGAAGCGAUACACCCGCACGACCACUGGGAGCCGAACCCGGCUUCCACGGCAACCAAAAACGACUCGACGACGGCAGCGGCGGCCGCGACCGAGGCUCAACCGCGAACGCAGGUUGUAGGAGCAACCGCUGACCAGGAACGCAUAGUCGCCAACCUGGACGGACCCGGCAUGUCAAACGCGACGCCGACGACUGUCACUGCGGACGCGGGCAACCCAGAGCCAAGCGCGAACACGACCGCCAACACGACUGAGGCGAACGGAGAGUUAACCCCUACGCAGGGUGCAAGUCGCACCCGCAAAAUGAACCAACUAGCAAGUCUCGGGGCUGCCGAAGCACCAACGACGCAGGAGCCAGUCCCCUCGUCGCCCGCCAACAGCACGACACUCGCGGUAAGCGAAGCGAGGAAGAGGCGGCGUGUAUCAGAGGACGUAGGAAACGACGGCGAACCUCAGACCACCGACGUCCGCCAGGACCCGGAGCGCACCCCCACCGCACCGAGUCAGCCCGCUCGUACCCAGGCUGCUGGCGCGUUCGUCGUCGUCGGACCGAUGGCAGACUACGGCCUAGGCGACUGGAGCUACCUUCCGGACUAUGGAACCGGAGCGACCAUCGAGGACUACGGUGUCAGCUACGCCGAUGAGGACGAAGCACGGGACGACAUGCACGUCGACCACGAGCCAGCAAUCGAUAACAAUGGCCUCAUCAUUGGGCACUUCGACGAAGACGUCCAGACGACAUCCCAGCGUGCUCCAAGCCAGGCAGCCUCGCACACAUUCGGCGUCAGCCCGUACUGGGCGAAGGGUGUGAGUGUCGCUGCGCCGACGCGCGCACGAGCCCCCACGCAGACGCGAGAAGCACAGAGGCCAGUCCCGGACGUGCACCUGCACACGCCCUCACCCACCUCGCAGGCGUUCGAACGCAUGCAGCCCUCCGCCCCUAUCAGAAUUAACACUAAGUCAGGUGCCCGACGAGAGAGCGACGUCUUCGACAUGGACACCCGGCCGGAUACUCCGGUCCCGCAUCGCCAACACAGCUACCGCCGGCGCUCGAGCAGCCACUCACCCGAGAACUACCAGCAAAACCUAGAAGGCCCGCGCGCCGGCCCGUCGCUGCACUCCCGGCACCCCACCAUGCAACCCCAGAGCCCGACUCACUCGGUGAUGAGCAACCCGCAGGUCUUCGCCCUGAUCGAGAUCCCGAACGGCGCGACACCGCGCCCGGAGGGAGGAUGGCCCCUGAUCGAAGGCAGAGACGCCUUCUCCAAGUCGGACGGCAUGGCGCCAAAGCAGAAACAGGCCUGGGCUUUGAUAGGCAAGACCAAGCCGGCGCUGCUCAUACGCGUCCCGCGCCGCGGCGCAGACGAGCCCGGUACAGAGGACUGCAUCAUCGCCAUGCAGGACGCACUCGAGCAAUACCUAGAAGUAACCGGCACCACCAUCACGGCAGCCGUCGCAGCCAAACCAAGCGGAAGACGCAACGAGGCACCCCGCUACUUCCUAGUGGAAGACGUCACCUACGAGACACGGGACUACCUCCUCGGGAUAGAGUGGCUCUCGACGCCGGAAGGCACCUUCGGCUUCGUAACGAUCGACGCUAACAACCCUAGCUUCGCCGGCUCGUGGCGUCACCCCAACCGCCUCGGCGUCCGUAGACGUGACGACGGCGAGUACACCGUGGUCUUCGUGCGCGAACUCGAGGGACCUGCGCUCCGCAUACCGAUCUCGGCGAUCAUCGCGAGGGAUAUCGACCGAAACGGCAAGUGGCAGUUCUACUCCGUCGACGGCGCGUUCCGCGAAAUGAUCAAGUCGGUGAAGGUGAGGUACCUCGCGAACGUCACCAAAGGCGAGCGAGACCCCCUAGUCCGGCUCUUCAUCGAAGCACCGACCGCCGACCAGGCGGACUGGAACGCCUUCCGCAAACUCCUCCGCGACCACGACUUCGGCAGCGCCGCGACCGGCAAACCCGAGCCCUACCUAGGCACGCACUGGUGCGCAUACUGCCACGCCGUGGAUCAUCCGGCAGGACUGUGCGACCUGCUGAAGAUCGACGGAUGGCAUGACGUUGUGCCGGGUGCCGCGACGAACGCGAAGGCCGGAGGCCAACAAAAGAAGCCCAAUCACGAGCCUGAGCGCGGCCGCACGGAGACGCGAGGCAACGGAAACUACAAGGGUAAAGGCAAAGGUGUCGAUCGCUCCUAA